GCACCUUUUAUGGCUGUGCGUAAAUACCACGUAAGAAAUAAGGGACAAGACUCGCACAGAAAAGGCGUACAUUUCGAAUGGAAACAGCCGGUGCAGUUUGUCGUCUGCUCGAUUUUUAUGAGUUUUAUUUGUCCGUUCAUCGAUAAAUCAUGGCAUUUACUUCGCACAGCAAGCUACCAGAAUUGAACACAGCAACAAUUCUUCUGGUGGGAAUGCAGGGCAUAGGUAAACACAGACUGGCUGGGGCACUCCUAGAACUCAACACGUCAUACUCACUGCAAGUCCGGACUGCCACCCAUCUGCCGCUGCCCGCUGAAAACAGCGAGAGCCGGCCACGGAUUGACUUUGUGGUCUUCCUGCUGGAUGCUAACAACAACAUGAGCAUCAGUAAAACGGUUGCCUCAGCCAAGGAGCUAGAUGUGAGCUACUUCCUGGGCAGGGCUUGCUUCGUGGUCCUGAAUGCAACCAGCGAGAGCUUACACUGUACCGAUAUGAGUAACAUCACAGGGCUGUGCGAUGCUCAUGACUCGCCCAUGCUGUGUGGAAGUCUGCAGGACGAGAAUCAAAGAAAAUGUUUAGCUCGGAAGCUGCUGUGCCAGACAGAGGUGAGCAGUGGCUUCAAGCAUGCUGUAUCCCCCAUGCUCAUCCAGGCAACAAAGCACACCUACGAGUUCAUGGAACCGUUAUGAUGGCAAUACUCUGCACCGAAGACAAGAUAUUUUGGUACUGUUUAGAAAACCGGAUAGUUGGCUCCGUGGUGCUGAAAGUUCUUUUUGGUAGUUUGCUUCUAGUUUGGGAAGUAUGUGUGUGAAUGCCUUUAGAUGUCAAGUUUGACUGUGCCAAGUAGUUUUGGAAAGUUAUGGUUGAGCUGGCAUCAAACAGCAAAGCUUUAGCCCACGUUGGCAGAAGACACCAUUGGUGUGAUGCCUUUUAAAGGAAACCUAGAUGUGUGACUGGUAAGAUUAUCUCACAUGCCAAUAUUGCGUGUGAUUCCUGAACAGUAACAUUGGAAAAGACUCCAGCCAUAGCACACCUUUUAUAAGGGAGAUUGGUUGCGUACAAGGUACAUGUAUGACUUCUUGGGAAUUGCAGAAGUACAAUUCCAUUUCAACCGUGCUAGUCAACACAACUUUGUAAGACCAUAAAUGGCUUCUUAAAUACACUUUAUUUCAGUUUAAAAUACAACACACAUAUUACAUUUAAAAUUAAUCAGAAAUUUGGUCGUCUUGUACUUUAGGUUAAGAAGCGGUUGUGUACAACAGACACAAAUUGUGCGAUCUUUCACAUAAUCAAAAUGUGUACACUAAUAUUCAAUUUUGGUUAAACGUCUUACCAAAAUUGAUCAAAACGUAUGUAUUUCUUCAUGGCAUUUGUAGAAUUCUAUAAUGGCUGUUAACAUAAACAGGCUACAUUUUGCAAAGAAAGUGCUUUUUGUUUUUAAUUUCAGCAAAGCAAACUUAGCAAAGCUUUAUACAUGUAAUGUGUUAUAAGUUAUCGGAAACAGUUAACGAGAACCUGCGGUUGCAAUGUCUUAAUACUGUCAUACCCUGUCUUAAUUUGUUAUAUAUUUUAUAUGAAUAAUCUCAUUACUGGAUCAAAUACAAAAAGUAUUGUAUUUUUUCCUACAUUUUUCACAUAACAUUGUAUGUUUAAUAGCAGUAUCCAUUAGCACAUUCGCGUACAAUGCAUGAACACAAGUAAGGCCAAUUUACAUAUCCGAGAUGUACCUUUUUAUAAAUACGCAAAAGGCAAUAAGUAAUAAGUCGCACAACUUUGCGUUUAUUUAUAAAAACCUAAAAUCACGUAUGUGUAAAUUGUAGGCAGUGUCAUUGUAAGCAUUUAAUUUUUUUUAAUACAUUUUUGAUCUAUACAGCACAUUAUGUCCCACUCACAUCAUGGGACAAAGCUAAACAGAUUGGUACUAUAAUUGAUAUUCAGCUUGCUAAACUUUCAAGCGCUGCAUCCUUGAGACAAAGUUCUCUAAACAUGUCUUUAAAUUGCAAUUCUGAACAGCACUUGACACAUAGACAGUGUUCACACUUUUCCUAUUGAAACCUCUGCUUUUGGGCCGAGCACCAUGAGCUGUUCUCAUUACAUUUAUGCCAACAAGUAUGGAUGAAAGUACCAACUACAAGUGUAUACAUUAAAUUUCAAUGAUGUAUUAAA